CCAGGUUGGCUUCACAAGGAGAUGAGGGCUAAGAGUCUGAAACUGAAGAAGAGGUGGUUUGUCUUAACCUCUAACUCUCUGGACUACUACAAGUCUUCAGAGCGCAGUGUGUCCAAGCUGGGGACCCUGGUCCUCAACAGUCUCUGCUCUGUGGUCCAGCCCGACGAGAAGGUCUACAAGGACACAGGUUACUGGAGCAUCGUCGUCCACGGMCGUAAACACUCGUACCACCUCUACACCAAACUACUGAACGAGGCUAUGCGCUGGGCGUCGGCCAUACAGGGGGUGUACAACAACU